AUGGGCAUAUUUUUCGCUGUGUUCGGUAUGUUGGUAUACCUAAUAGAGACAGGUCUCCAGCUCCAUGUGUGUUGGCGACUUUGGGAAGUUUCGGCUAUUCUGGCCGGAUUAAGUCUUUCCUAUGUCCUUGGUUCCCUAAUUAUUGUAAAUAUCGUGUCGGCUGUAAUGGUCCUCCGAACCAUGGACUUCUCCGGCAAGACAUGUGGUCGAUGUCUGUGUGUUCUCCUCCACGCGUGCCAGCUAGGUCUAAUAUGGCGCUGCCUCAAACUUCUCAUUCUGUAUGACGAGUCUGACUGGAAGGAAUACCUGGGUCUAAGACUCAUCCACACUGCCUUACAGAGUCUUCCCUUUGUCGUCACUUCCGGUUACUACAUGUUCACAUCCAAUUCAUUCGACGCCGAGUCUGUGUUCUCAUUUUUCUUAUUUCUUGUUUCCGGUGCCAUAGCCUUAGCAACCUUCAACUUAGGAAAGUUUUUAUUUGAUUCCGAGGAAUUUUUGGAAUGGAAAGCUCGAGCUCGCAAGCCCGUGGGAAUAUGUUUUCUAGUGUUCGGGACGUUCUUAAUGCUGAUAUCAAGAUGUGGAUCUUUUAUCUUGUUCAUGUCCGUGUAUCAUUACUAUAUAUUAGUACCAGUUUGUGGCCAUUUCAUUGUGUAUAUUCUUAUAACAUCCAUAUACUCGGGGUAUACAGACGGUUGUGGAUUGUGGAGACAGAUAAGGAUUUUUUUAUUCUCAUACUUGAACAUAUUUGACCUUGUUGAAAGGGAGACAACAAAAGUGAGUUGUAGGAAUGUGUUCUACUAUAGUGCUAUUGUCAUAGAAAAUGUUACCAUGACAGCAGUAUGGAUGGUCGCUUUCGAAGGAGAUUACCUAUUUAAAUUGUGCAUUGUUUCAUUAAUGAUAGUCAGUUUCAUAUUUGGAAUUAUUCUAAAAUCUUCAAGUUGUGGUUGUAUUCAUUGGGUGGAUUCGGAUGAUCCUAUAUCUGUGGACACUAUGGAUUUAGCAUUGUAUAUAACCAAACAGGCCAUCGUGGGCCAACAUACCAAUAAUCACAGUGGGGAUCAAAGAUCACGUGAUCAGCGUUAUCUUGAAAACGGCAGCCAUAUUGAAGAUACAGUGCAUAUCGAUCACAUACAAGGUUAUGACAAUGAAGGAUUCCAUAGCAUAUCGACACCAAAUCUUGAGAUUCCUUUAAAUCUAUCAAAGAAAAAUCAUUCCAAGAAAAAGAAAUCUGCAGAUGGGUCUUUAUCUCAAUCUGAUAAAUCUCCUAGGAAACUAGGAUUGACCGGAAGUAGUGGUGACGUUGCUUCGAGCAAUAGCAGAAAUACAAACACCCUGAACAUCAGUAGCCAAAGCAAAGGACAAAGUAAAAAAGGCAUACAUCCCGCCGAUGAUAUGGUAAUUGCUGCAGAUGCUGUGUUACCACGGUCAUCAAUCAAACAGCGUAAGUCAACUAACGGAGUACAACACAUCCCAGUACAGGGAGCGCUCUCCGACCGAGGAGCACCGAAACCAAGAGACAAUUUGAUGGUUAAGCAAUUCUCUAUGAGAAAAACAGCACAUACGAAGGACAUUCCGUUAUUUCCCAACGAGUGUAAUGGGAUCGAAGGAUCUAAAGCUUUUGGUUCUCCUAAGGCCAAGCAUGUCCUUAGUAACUCCGUGGAGGAAUACGAUCCGGAAGACUCGGAAACGUCUGAUGAAUCUGAGUACAUCAGCUAUAGCUACUACUAUGAUACGGAUUGGUCGACCAUGCUUUCCUUUGAUUCUGAGGAUGCAAAUACUUGGGCUCAGCCUGUCUCCCUUGUCAAUCUCCACUCCUUGCCCAAAGACAAAUCAUCUGCCACCCAAAGUGUUCAGACUUGGCUCAGCCGACUAGAGGAGUGGGCACCGAUCAUGGAGCCACCGGAAGUUGCUUUAGAGGAACUUCCUGAUGUGCUUGAUAAGACAUCUAGAGACCAACAAAAUCUGUACAUUAGCUCCUCUCAUCACAGUGACACAUCUCAUCGUAGUUCCAGUGCAUAUGACUCUGCGUAUCGCCAUAUCCCUGUCAUAUCAGACAAAGUGCAAUCCCCUCAUCCAGAUCGCUCUUAUAGGGUCGACACCCAUCACAACACAGCCAACCCCACAAAUUAUGCCAGUUACGAUUUGAAGAAAACAGACAAACUUUGCAUUUCGCCAAACGAGUUAGACCGGCCACCCAUUCCUGCCCUGCCAAGGACAGGACGAGGAACAAUGGUUGACAACGGUGUGUUGCUAUGGCAACAGGAAGACGCAGCUUCACCGGAUUGUGUACAAGAAUCGAUGGUUUAG